CGUGUUAUUAAACGUUUUUUUUUAAAAAAUAAGAGGGAGAUUUGUAAUGGAAAAAGAAGAAGGAUCAUAUGAGUUAUUACGAGAAAAUGCAACACCAGAAUUAAUGGAUGAAAGUUCGAAAAAAGGAUAUAUUAGAAAGAAAAGAGGGUCAAUUGAUGAGCUUUCUGCGUAUAUCGAUGAUUCAUAUAUAGAAAAAUCGAUGCAGGACAAUUCAUCAAAGCAUACUAGUUCAGGGAAUACGCCGAUACCAUAUCCGGGGGUUUUAGAUUCUAAAUCAUCAUGUGGGAAUAUUUCAUUAUUUUCAGAGACAAGUGUUCAUAAUGAGCCACAUAAAUCAUCUACAGUAGAAAAUAUAUAUAAUGAGGAAUAUGAUGAAAUAGAUGAGAAUUUUGAGGAUAGAUAUUAUAAUGAAAAUGAACAGCAUUAUUCGCAUGAUUAUGAUGAGGAAGCAUCGGAUAUUUUUGAUCAAGGGAAUUUCCAAGAUUCGUUGCAUAGUGCGUUAACAGGAGUAUUUUCAGGAAUUGCAUCACGAUUCAAGAUUAUUCUUAGUAGUUUGAAGCAAAAAGAGGAUCCAUCUGCUCAACUUAUUGCACUUCAGGGAUUAUCAGAAUUAUUGAUUGUAUCUACAGAAGAUACUCUUAAUGGUUAUUUUUCUGCGGAUUUGUUUAUAAAAGAGCUCGUUUCUAUUAUGAAGACAGGUGGUAAUGGGUUUUCUGAGCAAAAUCCAGAGAUAAUGCUUCUUGCAUGUCGAUGUCUAGCAAAUUUGAUGGAAGCGUUACCUUCUUCUAUUCCUAAUGUUGUUUAUGGAGGAGCGAUUUCUAUAUUAUGUCAAAAGUUGUUGGAAAUACAGUAUAUUGAUCUUGCUGAGCAGGCACUUAGUACUCUUGAAAAAAUUUCAACUGAAUACCCAACAGCUAUUGUAAGAGAUGGUGGUUUGACAGCAUGUCUUACUUAUUUUGAUUUUUUUUCUACAAAUGUGCAAAGAACUGCUAUUGCUAUUGCUGCAAAUUGCUGUAGAAAUAUCCCUCUUGAAUGUUUUGCUACAGCGCGUGAUGUCAUGUCUAUGUUACAAAAUAUUAUUGGAAAUAAUGAUAGGAAAGUUAUGGAGCGAGCAUGUCUUUGCGUUACACGUAUCGUAGAAAGUUUUCGACAUCAUCCUGAUAAGCUUGAACAACUAUUGUCAAACGAUGUAUUACAAAUAAUUAUGUCCGUUUUGUCAAAUGCAUCUGCUAAUGCUGUUUCUUUGUAUACUCAUACUCAAUUUUUGCGAGUUUUAGGAAUUGCUGCAAAAGCUUCGCCUAAUUUAUCUGUUGCUAUACUUAAGCUCAAAGUCGUUGAAACCAUCUAUUAUAUUCUUAUUGGAAGAUUCCCUGUUGAUGAUGUUAAUUGUACAGAAGGGGAUAUUACAGAUACUUUAUAUAUUCUUAUUCAUCGACCAAGAGAACAUAUUUACGAAAUAUUAAAUCUAAUGUCUGAACUCUUACCUAAUCUUCCUAGAGAUGAUGAGAUGUUUAGUGCAUGUAUUUCGGAAAAUUCUCAAUUGCAAAUAUCAUCAAAAUCUGCAAAACAUAAAAUGUUGGAUGAACAACGUUUUCGGCUUUUAGAAGAUUGUCAAGAAGAGAUGAAGCAUUUUUCUAAAAUUAUGAUGCCUGUUCUCGUUGAUAUUUAUCAUAGUGCGAUUAAUAUUAAUGUUCGCAGAAGAGUUAUGAUUAUACUUUUGAAAAUUGUCGUUAAUUUAAAGGAAAAUGUUCUUUAUGAGUCUGUAAAGCAUUCUCGAUUUUCUUUUUUUUUAGCAACAGUACUUUCUCAACAUGAAUAUCCUUCCCUUGUUUUAGGAGCAUUGCAAUUAUCUGAGCUUCUGUUGAAACGUCUUUCUAAUGUAUAUCUUCAAAUAUUUGCACGAGAAGGCAUAAUACAAUCAGUUCAUGAAAUUUCUAAUUUUUCUCUUGAAGAGAUUAAUUUGAAGAAUCUUAACUCCAAUAAAGCAUUUUCGUUUUAUACUUCAUCUGUUUCUAAUAAAAUACCUGCUUCGGAUUUUCUUUUAGUUUUAGUAAAAAGAGCAAAAUCAUUUAUUUCAAUUUAUGAGAAAUGUGAAAAUAAGUCGCUUGUAUGUCAAGGGGCUUCAGAUAUUAUGUUUAAGUUAACGUUUCUUGCUAAAAGGAUCAAAAAUCAUAUAAAAAUUCGUAGUACUUAUAGGAAAUUAUCCAGAUAUUUUGUUUCUAAUGAUUCUACCAUCACAAGUUAUGAAAUUUUGAGCUCUGGGCUUCUAGCGUCUCUUCUUGAUUCAUUAACUGAUCCUAAUGUUGAAGUUAGACAGUCCUCUCGGAAAGCAUUUCUUCGAUCUUUUUUGAUUAAUACUCUUGAUACGUCAGUGGUUUUGGGGAGUAAUUCUUUUAAUUCUCCGUUUUCCGUUUUAGUACAAAAACUUCAUGAAUCCCUUAGUCGUAAUGAAGAUCUUGAAGUAAUAACUGUUCAUGGAGGCUCUCAUGAAGACUUUUAUAGAAAUCCUUCUGCUAUGCUUGCUAAGCAAUUGAAAUUGAAGCUUAUUGCUGAAGAAGGUUCUAAUGUUCCACGAGCAUAUAAAACCUUUAUUGUAUCGAUAUAUUCUGUUGCAACAUUUAGAACUCUUGAUGAAUAUUUACGUCCACGGCUAGCCUCAUCUCAACGUCUUAGCAUUUCAAGAUCUAAUAAUUCUAAAACUUUAAGUACAUCUUCAACAUCUGCUGUUACACCUGGUAAUGGAUCGAAUCAGUCGUCCUUAAAUAAAGAUAAAAGAAUGCAUAGAAUUAAAGAUCAAUCAUUUGUAAUAGAAAAACGAAAACGUAGUACAAGAACAGAUGUUCCAGAACAAAUAAAGGCCGAUUUACAGAUACAUAAGAUUAAAAAUUCCAAGACUGGUAUAUAUGAUGAUGAAAUGCUUGAGUAUAUUAAUGAUUUUCCUGGAUCUGAUUCUGCUGGUAUGUCUCAUCAGUUAUUUGAGAUUAUAGAUGUACCUGAAAGUAAUGAAAAAUCAGUUUAUGUGGAUAAUGAUAUACAAACUGAUACAGAAUCCUCUAAAAUUAGUAAAACAGAUACGAAGAUGAAGGGCAAGGAACACAUAGAGGCUUCUUUGGAGAAGAAUGAAUCAAAACCUUCUACUUCUACUGAUAAAAAGCAUAUGAGCUAUUCUUUGGCUUUGCAAACGAAAGAAGAUUGGUACAUUAGAUUUGAGAUGAAUGACGAAGCAAUUGAUCCUGAUUCUACAAUUUAUUCUGCUAUUCAUCGAUAUAAUAUACAGAAUGGUCGUGAAUCUUCUGAUAUAUGGUCUUUUAUCUAUCCAAUUAAGUUUAGAAAAGUACCGAAGUCAGGAGAUUAUGAAAAUUCUCGAGAAGAGUCUACAAAAACUACUGAUAUAAGAUUUGAAACGCAUGAUUUUUCUUCAUAUAAUGCUAAUACUGUUUUAAUACUUAAGCUUUUGCGUGUGCUAUAUCUUUUAAACAUUAAUAUUCGAAACAUUUUAGAUUUCAAUGCUUUUCCUAAUGUUGUAAAUAUGUCUCUUCCUUCGAGUAGUUUUGUUAAUCCAAAACUUACUGCAAAAAUAAACCGUCAAUUGGAAGAACCUUUAGUCGUUACUAGUUUGUGCUUCCCUUUAUGGGUUCAAGAAUUUCCUCGUUUAUUUUUAUUUUUAUUUCCAUUUGAAACUAGGUAUCUUUUCCUACAAUCAACGUCCUUUGGGUAUUUGAGGUCAAUUGCUAGAUGGCAAAAUAUUAAUGGAAAAGAUGAAUCUUAUCAAAAUUCAAGAGAUGAUUCUAGAUUGUUUUUGGGGAGAUUGCAACGUCAAAAAAUUCGAAUAUCUCGUGAUCAUAUUCUAGAAUCUACUAUAAAGAUAAUGGAUCUUUAUGGUUCUUCUUCAUUUUUGUUAGAAAUUGAGUAUUUUGAUGAAGUCGGUACUGGUUUAGGGCCUACUUUGGAAUUUUAUUCUACAGUAUCCCAUGAAUUUAUGAGAAAAAAUCUUGGUCUUUGGAGGAAUGUUGAUGAUUUCUCGGAAAAUGAAUUCGUAUCUUCUCCUAAUGGUCUUUUUCCUGCACCAUUAAGCACUGAUUCUACUUAUUUAGAUGAAAAAAGGAAAAAAUGUAAUCUCUUUAAAGUUUUGGGAAAAUUUAUUGCAAGAUCUAUGCUGGAUUCUAGAAUUGUGGAUAUUUUAAUUAAUCCUAUGUUUUUUCGAAUUGCAUUUGGAAUGAAUGAAGUUAAGUUAUCUAUAGAAUCUAUCGCAGAAAUUGAUAGGGAUUUGGCAAAUUCACUUUAUUUUUUAAUGCAGUUUGAUACUGCGAAAAAAAAAAUAUUAAAUAAAAAUAUUUGUGAUAAGGAAAUGGAGUUGCGUUUGAAAGAUAUUAGAGUACAUGAUGUAUCUGUUGAGGAUUUAUCAUUAAAUUUUACACUUCCUGGGUUUCCAGAUAUUCAUUUAGCAAAUAAUGGUUAUGAGAAAUUAGUAACUAUUCAUAACAUCGAUGAAUAUAUUGAUCUUAUAAUCGAUUUUACAAUUGGAAAGGGAGUAAAAGAACAGAUAAAUGCCUUUCGAGAUGGUUUCUCUUCUGUGCUUCCUUAUUCUUCUUUGUCUUUAUUUACUCCAGAGGAGCUUUCAAUUCUUUUUGGGCAAGAUAAAGAAGAUUGGUCAAUUGAAACACUUCUUGAUUCAAUAAAAGCUGAUCAUGGAUAUAAUAUAGAUAGUAGAUCAAUUCGAAAUUUCCUUGAUAUAUUAACUAACAUGAAUGAUAUGGAACGCCGUCAAUUUUUGCAAUUUAUAACAGGAAGUCCAAAACUACCUAUUGGAGGUUUUAAGAAUUUAAAUCCACCUCUUACUGUUGUCUGUAAAUCGCAUGAGCCACCUCUUACACCUAAUGAUUAUCUUCCAAGUGUUAUGGUUUGUGCCAAUUAUCUUAAAUUGCCUGAUUAUACAACAAAAAAAAUCAUGAAAACAAAACUGUUUUUAGCAAUCAAAGAAGGACAAGGUUCCUUUCAUUUGUCAUAAUAUUGGAUUGUAUAAAAUUAGUAAUAUUUGUUUUUAUUGUAUUAUU